UGGCGGGAGUUAAGACUCAAAACAACAAGUAAAAACAGUCCCAAAGGUGUCGUUUGGAUAGUUCUGUAGCAAUUCGUUAUUUACUCAUUACAUCCCAAGACGAUAACAAAAAGUAGCUGGAGCAGGCCAGGCAUGAGCGACGCACACCUGGACGAAUGGCAGAGGAGGUCCUUUGACAUUUCAUCUGGCAGCCGUACACCUGAACAGAUGGCCGAUGCCUACCGGGCCCAUAUCCUCUCCAUUCAGUAUGCAUGGGCAAGCUCCCAGCUCUCUCAGGCCGGCAUGGCCAGCCUGCUCAGGACCUACUCAGGGCGCUACGCUGCAGUGCUGGACUCCGAUGACCCCCAAACAGGGCUUAACAACUAUGCAGAAAGCGUGCUCCAUCUGGCUCGCAAUCAGAGGAACCUCAGUGACAAAUGGGAGUCUUCCUCACCGCGGAGAGUGUGCUGGCAGUUGCCCUCCGUGCAGAGGAUGAUUCAGGCGGGAGAGAAGGGACUUGGCUUUGCAGUGGCACCGACAGAUGUUAACAUAUCCGUGGGACAAGAGGGCAAAGGCAGCCCCCCCUCCGGCCCCUUUUCUGGAGUCAGGUCGGAGGCUACGUGGUUUAAAACUGUGCCACCACAGUCGAAUGAGUGUAGGAUUACCAAUAACCUCACUAAUAUUCCUUCUGAGAGGCCAAAAGCCUCAGGUGCCGUCGUUCUGCGGCCUUCGGUGCGACCGCAGCCUCUGUUUGGUCACCCUUUUUCAGCCACUCCACAGGGGAACCCGAGCGCUGAAGGGGGAGCGCAAAACUAUCAGUCUUCCUCCUUUCCCACCCCUACCCCGCCUAAACGAAAGAACUUUUACAACCCAGACGGGUGGGAUGGUGGAAGAGGGCAACACGGAGGGGAAGGAGGCGCCGACCCCCGGGCCACAAGCAACUUCAAAACCGCUCGCCAGCAGUUCUUCGUCGACCAGCAGAGAAAACAUUCCCAUCAGCCCCAGAGAGGUCACACCCCGGGGAUGUCAGCCAUCGUGAAGAAGUCUCUUGGUGCCAACAGGCCUCGAGGUGCAUCCUCAAAGUUUGUGUCGCCCAUCCCGCGACAGGAGGAGGAGGACGGCGCGGCGAGCAGACAUUCAGAUCAGGAAUCUCAAAUCGUGGACGAACGUCUGAAGAACUUUGAGCCGAAGAUCGUUGAGCUGAUCAUGAGUGAGAUCAUGGACCACGGCCCCCCCAUCGCGUGGGACGACAUCGCAGGCCUGGAGUUUGCUAAAACCACCAUAAAGGAGAUUGUGGUGUGGCCCAUGCUGCGGCCUGACAUCUUCACCGGUCUGCGCGGACCGCCCAAAGGCAUCCUGUUGUUCGGACCCCCGGGGACCGGAAAAACUCUGAUAGGAAAGUGCAUCGCCUGUCAAUCAGGCGCCACCUUCUUCAGCAUAAGUGCUUCGUCACUCACGUCCAAGUGGGUGGGGGAAGGAGAGAAAAUGGUGCGUGCCCUGUUCGCCAUCGCCCGCUGUCAUCAGCCCGCCGUCAUUUUUAUCGACGAAAUCGAUUCGCUGUUGUCCCAGCGGACGGACGGGGAGCACGACUCGUCACGCAGGAUCAAGACCGAGUUCCUGGUUCAGCUGGACGGGGCGGCCACCGCGGCCGAGGACCGGAUCCUGGUGGUGGGGGCCACCAACCGGCCCCAGGAGAUCGACGAGGCGGCGCGCCGACGCCUGGCCAAGCGGCUGUACAUCCCCCUGCCCGAGGCGGCGGCGCGGCGGCAGAUCGUCACCAACCUCAUGGCCCGGGAGAAGAACCUGCUGCAGGAGCAGGAGCUGGAGAGCGUGGUGACGGGCACGGAGGGAUUCUCCGGGGCCGACAUGACGCAGCUCUGCAGGGAGGCGGCGCUGGGGCCGAUCCGCAGCAUCACGCUCAGCGACAUCACCACCAUCACUGCUGAUCAGGUCCGGCCCAUCCUCUACGGAGACUUCCAGGAGGCCCUGAGGACCGUACGGCCCAGCGUCUCCGCCAAGGACCUGGAGCUGUUUGACGAGUGGAAUAAGACUUUUGGGUGCGGACGGUAAACU